AUGGCGCGUCCUCGACACCACAUGAGGUCACCGACUUUCCCGCUGUACAAUUCAACCAGGAAGAAGCCUCGCAGAUGGCCUCUCGUGCUACGGUUCAUCAAAGGUGCAAUCCAUGUCGAUGUAGCAAUUCCAGUGGCGUUACACAUAGCUUUCACCGCAUUGGUAUGCUACGUGGACGAACGCCGUGAUGGCCAUCUCUACUUGCCCAGCACAACAAUACCAUCCCUCUCAAUAGUGGUGGGCUUGAUGCUCGUGUUCCGGAACCAGACGUCCUACGAUCGCUUCUGGCAGGGAAAUCAGUACUUGACAACGAUCGUCACUUGCAUACGCAACCUGACCAGAGGUUUCCUGGCAUGCUCGUACGCUGGCAAAGCACCGCCGAGCGACCCGGAGCGAGCAGAUACAGAACGUACCGUAAGGAUCCUCCUGGCUCUGAUAUACGCUGCAAAGAACCAUUUGCGCGCUGAAUGGGGAUCUACGCUGCCCUUGCUCUUACCUCGGACGGAAGUGGAGCGGAGGCGCCGCGAAAGCCACAGCAUGUCGAGACAUGAGUACACAGAACUCUUGCCAGCAGGAACUCGUGGUUUUGAGGAGCAAGGUCUCGGCCUGUUACUCCAGCUCAGCAUCUCGGUGGAGGGCUACAUCAAGCGUGGCCACGACAGAGGCUGGUUCAACGCCCCGCAGAGCUCGCAGAUGAACAAUCAGCUGAACUCCCUGGUGUCUGCUUAUGGAAGCAUGGAGACGAUUCACCUGACGCCACUGCCUGUCGCUCUACUCAUCCACAUGAAGCAGGUACUAGCGCUGUUUGGCGGCGUCCUGCCCUUUGCCCUGGUGGGAGAGAUGGGAUGGUGGACGAUCCUGCUUGUCGGCUUCGUCAUGUUCACACUCUACGGCAUCGAAGCCAUCGGCGCCCAGCUGGAAGAUCCGUUCGGCUACGACAAGAACGACAUCAAAGUCGAUGCGAUAGUCGAAGACUUGCGGGUGGAAGUAAGCGUGAUGCUAGAAGAAUGGCGUCGCAACGGGCCCAUGUUCGAAAGACCGGGACCAGGACUAUAG